AAAUAAAAUAAAACGCGUCAUUUUACCAAACUUCUGUGAGAGCACUAUUUAAAAAGUAUGCAUUUCGCCAUUUUUAAUGGCUUUGUCUGGAUUUCUUGCCCUAAAGAGCUAUUAUGUAGAGUUACCACAUUCCUAAGACGCAAUGACGACUAUGUUGUUUUAUUAAUAUUUCUAUUUCCGGUAAAUUACGGAAAUGACGGUAGUCCCGGAAGAAGUGAAAACCGGCUUUUAAUAAUCUUUGAGUUUGCUGACAUGGCAGAGAGUUACGUGAAACCGGGCAAUCAAGAAAGGGGCUGGAAUGACCCACCUCAGUUCUCUUAUGGAUUACAAGUGCAAGCUCAAGGAACACCUAAACGAAUCCUUAGUAAGAGGGUACCAGCACUUCUGGAAGAUAUGCCUAGGGUUCCUGUUCCAGGUACCACUGCAGACUCUACCUCCUCAGCUGCCAGUGCUAUUCCCAGACCUACAGGAUCCCCUCAUGCAGUACCCUUGAUUCCAGUUACACAGCCCGUGACAACUUGCACGCUGCCUUCUGCUCCAGUUGCAGCCUCAGGACCUGUGGCCCCUCCUGCUGUUAAGUCAACCGCCAUUCCACCUUCUAGUUUGACCCACACUGCAAAUAAAACAGAUCCAGUGAAGCAGCCUCCCUCUUCAGAAGAUGUUAACUGUGAUGUAAAUGUGAUGAAUGUGUUGACACCUUUAAACGAUGCACUAACGUCCUGCAGGACUACAGUUAAGAAACAGGUCUGUGAUGACAUUGGUAGACGCUUGAAUGUAUUCCAGGAAAUGUGGAAGAGUGGUAAACUGUCUGCACCUGUGAUGAAGAGGAUGAAUCUUCUUGCACAAGAGCUGAAGAAACAAAACUGGGACUUGGCUGAUGAAAUCCACCGGUCUCUAAUGGUUGACCACAUAAAUGAAGUGUGUCAGUGGAUGGUGGGUGUGAAGCGCUUGAUUGCUGAAGUAAGGAAUUUGCCUUCACACACAUCUGUUACGGAUGAUAAAACACAUUGCAGUCACUCUGCAUCAGGAGACUCAUUACAGGUUCUAUGAUUUGUAGAUGGACCAAUUAUAGCAGCCAGCAUUUUCCAUUCCUUAAUGCAAAUACAGUGGCUUCUACAUCCAGCAAAACAAUGAGAUUGGUGGUGGAAGAAAACUGAGAAAACCUCUCUCCUUUGUGAUGAAAGUCCCAUGAGAAGUAUGUUUUAGAGACUGCUCCUGUGAAUGCUGCAUAAAGGAAAAGCCCAUGUUUAAGGAAUCUGAUUGCUUCUACCUCAUUUCCUGAUCCAGUGUUCUUUAACUAUUUACUCCCUGUUUAAUUCACUUUUCUGUAAUAAAAAAGCAACCCUGAUGGCAGAAGAGAGUAUAGUAAGUACUGCUAGAAAGUUUCUUUGUAAUAUUGGGGAAGGAGUAAGAAAAUGAAACUGAAAAUAGGGAUAACAGUCUGUCUCUCCAAACGUCUGCAUCAGGUCUGCCUGAAGGUGAAGGGAAGCAUUAAGAUCAGAUAGGUAGUUGUCUCUCUCUGGAACUCAAAGGAGCAUCUGCAUUUCUCAAGGCUUUUUAAUUCACCGGAAGUUUAGAAAUUGUUCAUGGAGUUUAAAGUAAAAAAAUGUAGUAGUUCAACAUGCAAGUAACACCACUGAAGAGAUGAGACAUGAUUUAAGGUGUAGUAUGUAGUUAUUUCAGGUAAGUCUUUACAUUUCAAUGUGGUGGAUCUUUUGACUGGGUUUAUAAAGUCUUCACUUUGAGUAGAAUAGUGAUCAGGGCCAUCAUACGUUAAUUUCAGCAGGCCUUUUAACUGUUUUCUUAAAUGGUGUGGAACUUCACUCUAAAAACACACUGGUGACUAAAUACAUGUUUCUGUUAAGUGCUUGGAGAAGUUUUCUUUACAUUCUUCAUAGAAGUGCAUUGCAAACGAAUGUUAAAGGUAAAGGCUAUCUUUGUCGAUAACACUAACUUCAAAAACAUAUGGACAUUGACAGAAAAAGCAACAGAGCUGAGCAAGAAAAAUGAAAAUGAAUGCAGUGGGGUCAUAAGUAUCUGGGGAUGGAGAUGAAAGGCAUGCAACUAGCACUAACUCUAUCUACAUGGGAUAAGUAUCUUGGAGUAAUCAUGUUACUUAACAAGUACAAGGCAGUCAGGAAGGCUGUUGUCAUGUUGUAGUGCAUAGGGGCCAGCUGUUGUCAUGUUGGGGUACAUAGGGGCCAGCAACCAUAUUAGAAAAAUACAGUUAAUACUAUCUUAUUAAUGAGCUGCUAUGCAAUCUGUGAUUUGAUAAUCUGGAAUUUUUCUAUCUCUGGUUUACCGUAGACUUUGACAGAUAAGUAUGAUAGAAGAUUUUGCCAAAUAUUGUCCUGCCCUUUUUCAGUGGUGGUGUAACACCGGAGAUACGAUAUAAAAGUGUUAGCACAUGGCACUCAAAUGUGUGUGUGUGUGGGCUUUAACCCCCCCCCCCCACUCCCGUGGUUGUGGUAUUAUACUGACACACAUGUUUUCAUCCAGUCACUAUUGUUUUAUAGUUGUUUAGAGCAGAGUUUGAUGAGCUCAGCAUCAGUCAAUUGUGAUAUGACUGUACAUUAAGAAAAGUGAUCUGAGGUAUUGCAUACAGUUUGUGGAAUUACGUAAAGGAAGAACUCAAAAAGAGUAAAGGUGAAUUGGAGGAGGCCAGCGAAUAAGAUAUGUAAUCUGAUUGAGUAAUGUACAGUAUAGAUAUAGAAUGGGCAGUGGGAUGUGUAAGAUUUUUGAGACCUGCCCUGGAUGAAACCUGUGCAUGUAGAUUCAGUGAUGCAUGAUUUGUUUCUUAAAAAGGGUACUAAAUUCACAGAGCAGCCUUCUAGCAGAGAUGGAGGUAGUAUGUCUGGAUGAAGAACUUUCUGUUUAAAUGCACAGAAAUCCUAAUGAGAGGGAAGGAAGAAAGCUGUGGAUAGAGUGAAAACUGUUGGGGAUGGAGUAGUUUGGACUGGGCAUGUAUUCCAUCUCAACUGUUAAAUAUUUUCAGUAUGCAACCCGGUGCAGUGGUUGAAACAGAUAUGGUUAUAUUAUAGUCAGUCCAUUAUCUUUAAUUGGACACUGAACUUUAGAAACUGUUCUGGGCGAUGUAGGGUGGGGAAAGCCACAUCCUACCUCUGCAUCCUCCUGCUAAAUACAGUCUCCUAGGAGAUUGCUGCAAUUUAAAGGAGACCGUUUCAUAGAAGUGUCCCAUCAGUAACUCUGGACUCACGCAGCCAGGUCGUGGUUCAAGACAGUAAGGUAAAAACCACACACACAUGCCAAUUCCCAUCCAGUUCCACUUGCAAUCACAUGUGAUCAUUGUGAAAACGUUUUUUUUUUUUAUUUCUAAUCCAUUUAAAAAAAAUCUCUUGAUUUAGAGCAGUUAAAUUGAGAAGUUUACAAUAAUUGGGCCUGUCUGUCCAUAGCUCCUGUUUUGCCUACAUUUGUUGAUACAGUUGUGUAUAAGUUAAUGACCAGACUGACAAAAACACUUUAUUUUAAUUUACACUAGAUUGUGUCAUUGAGUUUUAUGCAACAUGUUUUAUGGUCUGUUAGAAAAAAAAAUGAAUUUAUUUACUGGCACGGUUAUGUUGCUGUACUAUUUACAAUUAUUUGGUGCUUUUUGCUUCAAGAUGCUGUUUUAAGAGUUCAGGGCUAUUGAAAUGCUAAAUAAACAGUAUUGGUGCUAUAAA